AGGUCGGCCGACGUACUAACAAAACCUGCUGGCCAUUCGGAUUUUCCGACAGGGAAUCUUGUCUUUCCCUUUAAAUGCCAAAUGGAUUGAACAAGUGUUUAUAUACUUUUGGAUCUAAGAUUCUGUAAUUAAAAAAGAAGAAGAAGAAAACCUUCUGUUUUAUAAUUAAAUAAAUUGAAAUAAAGGUGAAUAAAAUAUACUGGAGUGAAGACCAGAUACAGAUCUGGAUCGUGCCCUAAGUAAAGCCCAUAAAAGAGUAGCACUUCAAUUCUUCAAAUCUUUUUUUUUUUUUUUUUUGCUUCAGAUCUUUGAAGAUUUAUAAUUACUUCUUUGUCACCAUCAGAAGCCAUAAUACAUUGCAGUCUUAUCACUAUUAUAUAACCAUGUCAAGGAGGCCUGUAAACCCUGCUCGGCGCUUUGCUGAUGGCGGAAGCAUCCCUUUUGUUGGCUCAGUACAGUCUAAGACACGUUCAUCACCAUUCUUAUCUAUUGGGCUUUUGGUUGUGGGUGCAAUUCUUCUAAUUGGCUAUUUGCAUUAUGGUUCAGGGGGAUCCACCACUGUAAAAGAGGCACUAAGUAAAGUUGAAGGUGGUUCUUCAUGCACAUUAGAAGUUCAGAGAGCACUACCUGUUCUGAAGAAGGCUUAUGGUGACAGCAUGCAUAAGGUACUGCAUGUAGGCCCGGAUACUUGUUCAGUGGUCUCCAAGUUAUUAAAAGAAGAUGAUACUCAAGCCUGGGGUGUGGAGCCAUAUGACUUAGAUGAUGCUGAUGCUGGUUGCAAAAGUCUUGUGCAUAAAGGCAUCGUGCGUGUGGCAGAUAUCAAGUUUCCUCUUCCAUACCGUGCAAAAUCCUUCUCCCUAGUCAUUGUGUCAGAUGCCUUGGAUUACUUGUCUCCUAGGUACCUUAAUAGAACUCUUCCAGAACUGGCGAGGGUAUCAUCUGAUGGUGUUAUUAUAUUUUCUGGUUAUCUAGGUCAGCAGAGAGCUAAGGUUACAGAGCUAUCCAAAUUUGGUCGUCCUGCCAAAUAUCGAAGUUCAACUUGGUGGAUAAGAUAUUUUGUUGAGACUAAACUAGAGGAGAAUGAAGCCGCUGCAAACAAGUUUGAACAAGCAUCAACGAAGAGGUCAUACAAGCCAGCUUGUCAAGUUUUCCACUUAAGGUCGUUACAUUAAUGGCAUCAAGUUGAGACAUUCCACCAAUCAAGUCGGGGUCAUCGAUCUGAAAAGCAUCCUCCUUUUACCCAAAGGGCAAACAGUGUUGUGAUUAACAAGGCCUUUGGAGUAACUCACAUUUUUGCUUGAAGUUUUAAUGGUGGAAGUGAGUUCACUUGGAAGUGUACUACAUGUAUUAUUAUUUCUAGUCUCCAGACAAAUUUUUUUUUUUGUUUCCAAGUCUUAAAUAUUUGUGUUCUACACAUUUUGCCCAA